GGCUGCGCACUCCUACAUGUGAUCUCUCGUGGUAGGUUCUGGAAAACAAAACAAAAAAGAAAAAGAAACAAACAAACAAAUAACAUGGAAUCCACGGUGGGAUGUGAUGCCAUUACCGCAGUGUACAGGACUUCUAGUGGCUUUCCCACUCCAGUAUCGGCAGCUGUUACUCACGAGACAAUUGCUUCAGAUGGCACCCGAUGUAUCUGCCUCUCCACGGACUGGAGUCUGGUGGACCACACCAGAGCAGCCCGAGUGAGUUUCAGUCAGAGCAGGAAUCUCCUGUGUGACCGCAAGGGUCUCCAACAGUGCCUUCCUCCUUCUCCGUGCACACAAAAGAACAGAGAGUUGCUCAGAAGAUCCUCACCUUCAGGAGCCUACCAUGCCGUCAUCAGUCAGGUCACAUCUGGACACCAGUAUCUAGACGUAUGGACAAGUGGGAGUCUAGAAAUGAGCUUGAACCUCUCAAAACUAAAUGUGCAUGGGAAUGUAUACGAAGAUCCUGCCUUUGCGUGUCUGGCCUGGUCGCCAUGUGAAAGUAGGUUACUGUUCAUCGCUGAGAAGUUGCCAGUGAAGUCGGAGUCCAAUAGUGGUGGAUCUCCAGGCGAUGGAGACAAGAACCUGUAUGUGGAGGACUGGGGAGAGGGCCUUACUGGUCAGACUUCCUCAGUGUUGUGUGUGGCUGAUGUAAAGAAGGGCAAUGUGACUGUGCUUAGUGGGAUCCCACCGCAUGUGAGCCCAGCUCAGGCUCUUUGGGCUCCCCAUGACGAUGGGGUGAUAUUCAUUGGAUGGUUUGAGGAGCCAUUUAGAUUAGGCCUGAAGUUCUGCUCCAAUCGCAGGUCAGGUUUGUUUCACCUCGACUCACAUGGAAAUUGCGAGCUCUUGUCAGUGGAGGGCGUGUUUGUGUCAUCUCCUCGCCUCAGUCCCGAUGGACGGUGGCUCGUGUACCUGCAGGGAAGAGUUUUCGGACCCCACAACCAGUGCUUCAGCCUUCAACAGUAUGAGUGGGAAGCCAAGAAGACCUCCAUCCUUCUGGAUGUGGUGAAGAGGCCUGAGCCAGGAGAAUUCGCAGGGAUUUACGAGAUGUUGUCAGCACACUGCUGGUCCUCAGAUAGUCAGAGAAUAUUGUUCAGUAGUGCUCGUGGAAACUUCAAGGAACUCUUUGUACUGGAUAGAAGAAGUAAAAAAGUGACCCUCAUCUCUGACAGCUCCGAGUUUGGCUGCUGGAAGCUGCUGCUGGUUCAUAAUGAGCUGGUGGCGGUCAGCUGUUCUGCUCCCAACCGUCCCCCGCGCGUGAGACUGGCCUUCCUGCCUCCCGCAGGUGAAGAACGUGGAAUGUCCUGGCUGACCUUGAAUGACCCUUCUUCGCUGACCUUUGACCUGGAGUGGAAGUCACUGCAGGUGAAUCCGUCCCCCGAAGAAGAGAACACGCAAUACCCGGGUCUGUCUAUUGGGGCUCUGCUGGUGAAGCAGGUGACUGGAGAAAGCAGGACCAGGCUGCCAAUGGUGGUGUUCAUCCACGGUGGCCCCCACUCGCAGUUCAGUGCUGAAUGGAACCCCACCGUCACUGCUCUGGCCCGGCUGGGCUAUGCCGUGCUCAUGGUAAAUUACCGUGGCUCCACUGGCUAUGGACAAGACGGCAUCCUCUCCCUUAUCGGGAACAUCGGUUGCCAGGACGUCAAGGAUGUGCAGAGGGCUGUGCUACACGCACUGCAGGAAGAUUCAACCCUAGACCCUGAGCGAGUUGUGGUGAUGGGGGGUUCUCACGGGGGCUUUCUAGCCUGUCACCUCGUGGGUCAGUACCCAGGCUUUUACAAGGCGUGCGCUGCCCGGAACCCCGUCAUCAACGCUGCAACACUCGUUGGCACCAGUGACAUCGUGGACUGGAGAUACACCUCUGUUGGACUUGACUACUCAUUUGACCAGCUGCCCACCCCAGAGGCACUGAGCCUAAUGCUGCAGAGAUCUCCCAUCAUGCACGCUGCUCAGAUCCGUGCUCCUGUGUUGCUGAUGCUGGGCGCCAAGGACAGAAGAGUGUCACCGCAUCAAGGCCUGGAGCUCUACAAGGUGCUGAAAAGCAGAGGAUCCACCAUCAGGCUCCUGUGGUAUGCAGAGGACGGUCACUCUCUUGGCAGAGUGGAAACUCAAGCAGACUGCUUCAACAACAUUGCAAAUUGGUUUCAACAAGCAAUUAACAAGAAAUACUGAAGUUAUACUCCAUAUGACACAGACGUACACACACACACACACGCGCGCACACACACACACACACACAGAGUAUAAAGGAGGAAAAAAAUCAUGACAUGACAUGUACAUAUUAUUAAACAGCAAGCCACAGUGCAUAUACAGACCAAGUGUUAAGUAGUAUAUCUGACAGAGACGUACUUGUUAAGUGAUUCCAAGAAAAUAAAAAUCGCAGAGGCACGAUCACAUGUCAAACACAAUAGAAUUACAGUGUAAUUUUCCUUGUAGUUGAGGUCUGUUUAAAUGUUUUUUUAUACAGUCAUGAUUUAGUUGUUAUAUUGUGCUAUGGUGUUGUUGUAAUACUGACCUUACAUACGUUUACCCCCAAGAGGCUAUGAUAACACAAAUAAACCAUGUUUUCUUAAGAAAAAAACAGCAUAGGCUUGUGUGUGCAUAACAACAACAUAAUAAACAUUGGCAAUAGGUUUUACUUUUGUAAAUUUAGGGCUGCUUAACCCUAAGACACUCCUGUUUGAAAAGUGAUGUAUCAUACUCUGGUUGAAGUUGGCCACGUUUAGCCUAGUGCAUAAUGUUUAUUUUGUCUACAGACGAAGGCAUUUCGUCACCCUUGACUUCGGAUGAAACUGUCAGCAACCUUUGAAUUAGUUCAUAGAUCAGUGCCAAAGGUCAAGGUCACUGACUUAAAAUCACAGUCCCAGAUGAGUAAAAGAAUACAAGGU